UUCACAAUUAAGCACCAGCCAUCCAUCUAUUCAUCAUGAAGGUAGCUGCUCGGUUUCAUGAAUUCAGGGGGUGCCUAUAUAUAUAAGCUUCAUCCUUUCUUCCUCUUCUAAAGCAAUCCACAGCUAAAUUAACUCAUCUUAUUGAUCCAUACCUCAUCAUAUCAUCAUUAACCAAGAUAUAUGGAGUGCGACCGGUCAUGCCGUCCCCACCGGCCCUGCGGCGUCAGGGGCUGCCCUUACAUGGGAGACGUCCAGGUCGGGGUUGACAACCGCGCAUGCGGAGACUUGGGAAUAGAUGUCACCGACAAUGACAUCAUAAGGGGUAGUGGUAGAGUUCGCAUGGGUGUAGGUAACGACACCGGCCGUGACAACUAUGCCCGUAUCUACGAGAACCGAGUCUUGGACGCCGACGUGAACGUCGAUAUGGGCGUAGGCAACACCGCCGGCUGCGACAGCCGCAUGGAGGUGUAUAGGAAUACCGUGACGGGUGGUCGCCGGGGUACCAACGUGCGUGUUGGAGCAGCCAACGAUGCACGUCGGGACAACGACAUGCGAGUCUUCUGCAACAACGUGGAGGGCGCUGAAGACGAUGUGGAUAUUGGCGUCGGGAACACGGCGGGCAGGGACAACUUCAUGGAUGUCGACAACAACGAUAUCCGUGGCGCGCGGGGAGGAGUUCGCAUGGGCGUGGGGAACCAGGCCGGCAGGGACAACAAGGCCCGAGUGUCCGGGAACAUAGUCAGGCGUUAGAAUUAUCUAUCCGUGCUUGUGCUUGCAUCUUUAUCGUUUUCUUCAUUUAGCUCGAUCGUGUGUUUUGCUUUCUUGAAUAAUCUUU